CCUCACAGGGAUCUCCGAAUUCAAACAUGUUCCGCUUUGCCGCCGCCGCUUUCCGUCCCGCCGCCGCCCGCUCGUUUGUCGCCAGCCGCCAGGCCAUGCCCGUCAUUGCUGCCCGCUGGUACUCGGCCGGUGGUGCCCUGAGCCGCAACGACAUCCAGGAGCGCAUCUACCAGAUUCUGCGGGACUUUGACAAGGUCAACCAGGACAAGAUCUCCCCGGUCUCCAGCUUCACCAAGGAUCUCGGCCUGGACAGCCUCGAUACCGUUGAAGUCGUCAUGGCCAUUGAGGAGGAGUUCUCUGUUGAGAUCCCCGAUGACGAGGCUGACAAGAUCGCCAGCGUUAAGGAUGCCAUCGAGUACAUUUCCAACCGCAGCGACGCUCACUAAAAAGCAUAGUUUUUAUCGUCUUCCACACAACUAUCACCACUUUCCUUUUAUAACUAGAUAUCGUCACAAAUGGACGUGGAGUUACGUGAGAACGGUCCUCGUGUACAUACUACGCCAAGGUGUAUAGAUUGAGCUAUCGCUUGGAUCGUAGCCAUUAGCUCUUUGCCGAUCAAUUGCCUAGGUGAAUGAUAGAAUGCAAUCGAGAAAUGCAU